AUGGCUGGGGGUCAGCAGGAAGAUGAGCUCGAGUCAUUUCGACGCCAGUGGCUGGAGGAAGUCCGCACAAGACACCCGCCACCGCCGGCUCAAUCGCAACAGCAGCCGGCGUCAGAAGCCAGACCGGCAGAGCGGCGGAAGUCGCUGCAGCCACGGCCACAGGCAUCAAUACAGCUUCCACAGGAUCUGGCAGAUGAGGCGGAUGAGGAUGGCUAUACCAAGAUUGACACGUCCGAGCUAGAUGGGGAGUUCAAGUCGUUGGAGCUGGGAAGCCAGAAAACUGAGGAGAAAGCGCCCCAGUCAGCCCUCGAGCAUUUUGAGCGAGCCAUUGAGAAAGAGGACCAAGGCAGGUUGGGAGACAGUCUGAGCUUGUACCGCAAGGCUUACCGUCUCGAUGCCAAAGUUGACCAAGCAUACCGGGAAAAGCAUCAUGCCAAUGCCAAACCAUAUAUGCCACCAGCAGCACCGGCCUCAGGCUCGACACAACCGUCAGCAGGAGAAAAGGUAGAUAUUGCGUCAUUUGCCAGUCUGCCAAUUCUCCCCGCGGAUCCAAUUAUAGAAAACACACCUCCUCCGCCGUGCCCGAUUGCCCGUCUGCCCUCGGAGGUACUGAUAGAGAUACUGAAGCAUGUAGCCCUGCUUGACCCUGCUCUGUUCUUUCGAUUGUCCCUUGUGUGCAAGCGCCUAGCCUACCAUUUUAUGCAUGAACAACAUAUAUGGCGUCGACUCUGUCAGGGAACCGAGUUCGGUCUCGCUUCCAUGCAUUAUUCCUUUGCCUGUCAGAUCAAUGGCUCACCUAUCGACAAAGGCUACGUCCUCGGCUCAGACUCAGACUCAGAAUCGGAUUCUCAGAUUGUCCAUUCGCACCCGUUCACAGCACAGAUAACGGCUACUAUACCUAAACCGCUCACCAGCUGGUCCCAUGUUUUCCAGGCUUUUCCUCGACUGCGUUUCACAGGUAUCUACCUCAGUACAGUCAAUUAUAUGCGCCCGGGUGCAAACUCAGCCAUGCAGAGCGUUUCAUGGAACUCGCCCAUCCAUAUAGUCACCUACUAUCGAUAUCUACGCUUUUAUCCCGAUGGUACUGUGUUGUCACUACUUUCCACUACAGAACCAGUCGAAGUUGUCCAUCACCUCUCAAGAGAAAACAUAGACCUCUUGGCCGCUAGCUCCGCCGGACGGAAACAUACAAGGCACAUCUCAGACACCCCGGCUCCUGCACCUCAGGCAAUCUCAACAGCAAGUCCAAUGCCACCUACUGCUGCGGCUGCGUUAAAGCACACUUUGCGUGGACGAUGGAGACUUGCCCCGCCAACUCUUAGCCAUACGGGCCCGGCACCCACAAACCCUGAUUCAACAAGUGGCCAGCCUUCCAACCGCCAGCACACAAGCGCUGAGCCCCCAUCCGCCUCCACGUCGGACCCACGGGAUCUGUUCAUCGAGACUGAAGGCGUAGACCCGAAGUAUACUUAUUCAAUGCAUCUUAGCUUCCGCUCUGCGGGCUCGCAUAAAUCGAAAAACACAAAACUUGCAUGGAAGGGCUUCUGGAGUUACAACCGUCUCACUGACGACUGGGCCGAGUUCACGCUCAGGAAUGAUCGCGCUUUUGUCUUUAGACGGGUUAGAGGCUGGGGGCUGCCGAUUGUACACCACUUGUUUGAUGUGAUGGUUGGAGAUACGGUCCCGAAUCCCGAAGUACCCGUUGAGAAUGGGGUCGUCGAUAAGCCUUCGGCAGACCCACCGGCCAUUGAAGAACCUUUGGCUCAGGAACCACCCGCUCCGGAGCCGACUAUAGUACAGGACACCACGGAACUUACCGCCAGAAAGUUGAACACACAAGUAGAGGAAACGAAGAUCGAAGUAUCUCCAAAGGCUGAACCGACAACCAAUAAGUUAGCCUCAGAGUCAACUUCUACAGAGUCAACAGCCACUGAGCAAACGUCCAAUGAGCUGGUGACUGCUAAGUCUUCAACUCCAGACACGACUGCUACAGAGUCCACUUCUAAAGAUUUUACAUCAGAAGCUUCAAAACCCAAGGAACCCUUUACCCUCCCUCUCCUAAGAGGCAAGAUCACACUUGAGGAUGCUCUCGUUCAGGAGGAGGACAUGCUUAUUCGACUUUCUUUGGUUGACAAGCGAUUUGAUUUCUUUCUGUGGAUAGUUCAACAUAAGAAAGAGAUCCAAGAACUAGUUUCAUUCCAACUGGGCCUAAGUUCACCAGAGCAAUGUCGUGUUGGCGAGGUUAGAGAGUGGCUUCACGGCAGUUUCAACGUUUGCGUCCCCAUUUAUGUGAACAAAGGGGUAACUCCAACUGAGAAGCGACUUCUAAUUCGCUUUCCAUUACCAUACAAAAUUGGAGAGACCAAUUAUCCGGGAAAUGCGGACGAGAAACUUCGUUGCGAGGUUGCAACCUACGUAUGGAUGCAGGAAAACUGUCCCGAUGUUCCCAUACCAAAGUUAUGGGGUUUUGGAUUUGUCGAUGGCCAAACGCCAAACUCCAUGAAUGACGAAGAGGACGGUCGUUCCCAGAUGGCCAAUCUUGCUAUGAUGCGAACGGUACUCUCUGACUAUACAAGCCGUGACGUCCGCCACGGACCGUUCUUCUUCCAACUGACAGACCUUCACCAGAGCAACAUAUUUGUUGAUGAGGAUUGGCACAUCAGGUAUAUGAUUGACCUCGAGUGGGCAUGCUCGCUCCCAGUGGAGCAUCUAUUUCCCCCCUGGUGGAUGUCAGGCCGCUUUGUGGAUGGGCUUACGGACGAGCAUCUGGAGGUUUUUACCAACACUUAUAAAGAGUUCGCCGAUAUUUUCGAGGAGGAGGAGAGGUUACUGGCGCCUUCCCCUAUUAAUGGAAUUGAGCUGUAUCGCACAAGUAUCAUGAGGAGAGGGCUGAGUAAGGGGACGUUUUGGUAUUUGUCCUCACUCGACAGCCCGAAAGGGUUAUAUAACUUGUUUCACCAACAUAUUCAGCCACGAUAUGCUCAAGAUCAUCGAAAAGGCUCAGAAUAUCCAAAAAUUACGUACAAAUACUGGGCUGCUGAUGCGGACGAAGUCUUAUCUACAAAGAUGAAGGACAAAGAGGUAUAUGAUGAGAAACUAAGGGAGCUCUUCCGGAAAUCUGCUAACGAAGAGUCGUCUUGA